UAUUUUGACGAAAAUUGCACGCCAUAAGUAAAUAAAAGUGGGUAUAACAUGGCUGCUCUCUCAGUUGAAAAAAAUAUUUGGAAGUUUCUUGUAUUUGGGGUCAAUGGCAGAAUUAAUAGGCCUCCUCUCGAAAUCAUUAGGAAUGAAGUAGAUGGAAAAAUUGACAGUUUUAUCCGAAGUGGAAGUGGAAUGAUUGUCAUCAAAUUACUGAAAAAAAUAUCCGGCAAGCACUUCAAAUUUUACCCGGUGGCAUAUGCUUUGGCAAAAUGUGCAAGAUGUGGUGACAGACAAGUUUCGAAAGAAGCUUAUUUACUGAUUCCUAAAGUUUGUAAAACACCAUCUCAACUAUUCCUUUUCCACUACUACUGCAAAGCUGCAAAUCUCAGAGGAGACUGGCCUAGAUCUCAUAGGAGGGCUAUAGCUGCCUGGUACACUGAAAAUAAAGAAAACAGGGAAGAUGUGGUUCAGUUUGCAAGACAUGUUACAAAAUACAAAUGUCGGUAUGGGAUUAGCCAAAGAAGAGUGAUUAAAUCAUGUCACCCUAAACCACCAAAUGAGAAAUUUGGUUUUAUUUUCCGAUACAUUACAAAAGGAUUGAAAAAGGCUAAUGAGAAAUACCCACCCCAGAAUUCAGCAGGCAAGAAAGUGAUGUCAGAUAGAGGUGAAGAUUUUUUAAGAGAUUAUGAGGCAAUAAAAUCAGGACGUGUCCCAUUAAGUCAGGUGACUGAUGCCAUUAAAAAAUGGAGACUAACUUGGGAGCAUAUCCCUCCAAAGUUUUUUGAAAUGAAAAAAGAUGAAGAAAAUAAGAAAAGAUGUAAAGAAAUUUGGAGAACAUUAUUGCUUCAAUCACAAAUGCCAAUGACAGCAAUUGUGAGGAAUCUUGUGAAAAUGACUAGAUUGGGUUUACUUGUACCAAACAGUAAAGAAGAAAAUACUGUCUGCCAAAAAUUGAAUGACCCUAUGAUCUUGGAACAGUCAAAUAUACAUCCAUAUCAUGUCCUUACAGCACUGGCUGCUUACAGAAGAGGACAGAGGAGAAGAAACGGAGAAGAUAUAAAGUGGGCAGUGAGCGAACAGGUUGUUCAGGCUCUUUUCCAGUCUUUCUUGCAUACGCAGGCUCUGCCUUUUACAGACAAAAGACUACUAUUGGCCAUUGACAGUACAAUAGAAAUGAAUAAUCGAGUUGGAAGUUCAUGCCUUCCUAUGAAAGAAGCAGCAGCUGCCUUAGCACUAGCAAUACAUCAGAAUUCCAAAUGUUCUGAAACAGUGACAUUUGGAAACGUGACCUCUAAAUUUGAGUUUCAGCCACAUGAUCAGAGUGUAUUUGACAUAGAAAAUGCCCUUGAGAGAAUUCACCAAAGGACCGAAAAUUUUCAAAGAUCUGAUUUUAAUGCUCCUUUCCGUUUUGCUAAGCAGAACAUUGAGACAUACGAUGGAAUAGUCUUGCUGACAUCUUUAGUUGACACAGAGGAGGCAGCAACCAUACGAAGAUGUUUCCAAGAAUACAAAGAACAAAGAAAUGGCAGUGUAAAAGCUGUAGUUAUAACACACUCUCACUCUAAUCAUGUUGGGACAGAGGAAGACGAUGACAUUUUGGAUGUUGAGGGAGCCGAUGGAUGCGCUGCUAAACAGAUCAUAGAGUUUAUCAGUGACGAUAAAGAAGGUUUGGAAGAAGUUGAUUUUGUCGAAAUGAGAGAUUAAGAUUAUGGCAUCAUUAUGCUACAAAUGUACUUGUUUUUGUUCAUAAUAACAUAUAUCCUGUUUAGCUUUCAUUCUCCAUCAGAGAAGUGCAAGGGGAACCACAGAGUGGAUGCCAGUAUUGUUGCUAGUCAAAUACGUAUACAAACUGUAUUCAUGUACUGUACAACGUGUUACCAGUAUUUUCUUGAGAUGCCCGGCUCAAUUAAUUUGUGUUUAAUUUGCUUAGUCUUACUACCCCGGUAAAACAUGUAUUUGCUGAAAAUAUUGUUUUAAUUGAUAGUUACUCUGACCUGUGAUUAUAGUGAUUAUACCAUUAGUCUUUUGUGAAUGCUUCAACAAAAAAAAUAAUAAUAAAAUUGUUUAAAUUUUUU